GGAUUGAACCCCUUGCUACUGCAGAAGAACAACUGUCUUUUAUCUGGUGCUUAUUCUAGCACGAUGAAGACAGGCUGAGGGCUGCUACCAGAAAUCUAGAAGAGCUUUCGGUGAAGCACAUGGAAGAAAUGAAAGAAGUGGAAAAUUGUGCAAACCAUGUCUGUAACUUAACAGAAGAAAGAGAAGGAUUUUCUAGUGGUUAUGAAAAGGAAAACGAACAGCUUAGACAUGAGUUUAAAGAGCUCCAAGUCAAACAGGAGGCAAAAAUAAAGGAGGUUGAAGAAAUGUUGUAUCAAGAAGGCUUAUCUGAUAUAGCUCUGAGCAGCCCCAGUGAACAGACUGCGUACUUACUGGUGGAAAGAAGUGCACUCUUGAGGAAACUGGAACUUGGGGGCCCCAAGGCAGAGUCACAAAGAUGUAUGAGCAGUAACCUACUGAAAGAAUUUCCCCAGGAGAAAUUUGAACAAAUCAACCAACCUCUGCAAAGAGAACAUCAGAAACAUCAGGAACCUGUGCAUCUGUCUAAAGAACAUCUGAGUGAGUCCCAUAAUGAAGACCUGGAAAAAGAGAAAGUAUCACAAAACUGCCUAGAGAGAGAUGUGGAACAAGAAGCAAAGAAGCUGGAAAUGGCCCAUGAAGAGAUCCGAAGGCUCGCUGAUGAACUACAAGGGAAGGAGAAAGAACAGAGUAAAUCAGAUUCUGCACUUGAGAAGGCUCAACUAGAAAUUGAGAAAUUGAAAGGACAUUUGAUAAAGCUGAAAGAAAAUGGUUCAAUUGACUUACAGAAAGCAAAGGAACAUAAUAAGAGACUGGAUGAGGAAAUCCUGGCUUUAAGAAAUCGCGUUCGAUCACUUGACUCAGAAAAGAAAGAGCUUGGAGAAGUGGUCGAAAGACUUAAAGGAGAGAUUGGUGAAUCUCCAGAGAAUAAGCAACUUGGAAACCUCUCCCCUGGCAAAACUGUGGGUGCUGAACAGAGAACACAGAUAUUGAAAAUGAGCCAAGAAAAAAUUGAAAUAUUUGAAAGUGAGUUGUCAGAAGAAGGAGAAAGGAGAAAGCAAUUGACAUCUGAUCUUAAUACUGUACAGAAGGCUUUGAAAGUUGACAGUGAGGAAUUACAAAAAUCAAAAUCAGAACUUAUAUGCCUUUAUCAUGAAAUUCAAAGUCUUCCAGGGGCAGCAGAAGACAGAGACCAUUUUUUAAUAGCAUAUGACCUGCUACAAAGAGAGAAUUCUGAAUUAAAAACGAAGGUCUUGAGGCUGUCACAAGAGUUCGAACAGUUAAAUCAUUUUACUGUAGGGAGAAAGACUCCAGCUGAUAAUUUAAUUACAAGUGAAAAUAUCUGUAAAGAUCUUGUGUCUCACAUACCAAUUUUGGAAGUAGAGAUUCAAAGCCCAAAGGAAGAGAAAGUGGAACUCUGUCCUGAACUAGGAGAAAGCCAGCAGAAGGAAAUAGCAGAGGAGUCAGUAAAAGAGGGCACUUUUCCAAGAGAGGGGCGGAAGGAGGCGAGCUCACAGCAGAACCGAGAUGUGAACCGGGAAGAACAGCAGUUGCCCUUGAAGCCUGAGGAAGCCAUGAGGCUUAGAGAAGAGCUGAGCCGUAUAAAUCAGAGCCUCCUUCAGUCUCAGAGCUCUGGGGAUAGUUCAGAUGACGCUAGUGCCCAGGAUCCAUCACCUGGAGAAAAACUGAAAUACCAGCAGCAAGAGGAACUACAACAACUUCGCCAGAAUUUGCACCGGCUCCAGAUUCUUUGCAACUCAGCUGAGAAGGAGCUUCGAUAUGAGCGAGGAAAGAACUUGGACUUAAAGCAACAUAAUAGCUUACUUCAGGAAGAAAGCAUUAAGAUCAAAAUUGAACUAAAGCAGGCCCAGCAGAAGUUGUUAGACAGUGCAAAGAUGUGCUCAUCACUCACGGCAGAGUGGAAGCACUGUCAGCAGAAAAUCAGAGAACUGGAGCUGGAAGUACUUAACCAGGCUCAGAGCAUUAAAUCACAGAACAACCUACAGGAAAAGCUGGCUCAGGAGAAAUCCAAAGUUGCUGAUGCAGAGGAAAAGAUCUUGGAUCUGCAGCAGAAAUUAAAGCAUGCUCAAAAAGUCUGUGUCACAGACACUUGUGUUUUGGGGAAGAAGCAACUAGAAGAAAGGAUAAAAGAAGCAAUGGAAAAUGAAGCUAAAAUAAAGCAACAAUACGAGGAAGAGCAGCAGAAGAGGAAACUCCUGGAUCAGAAUAUAAGUGAGCUACAAAAGCAAGUGAAACUCUUACAGGAUAAAGAGAAUCAACUGGAAAUGACCAGUUCUCAGCAACAAAUCAGAAUUCAGCAACAAGAGACCCAACUUAAACAAUUGGAAAAUGAAAACAGAAAAUCUGAUGAGCAUCUCAAGAGCAACCAGGAGUUGUCGGAGAAGCUGUCUGGGUUGCAGCAAGAGAAAGAAGCUCUGUGUGAAGAAUACGGGCAGUUUCUGAAGCAGCUUGAUGUGCAUGUGAGAAACUAUAAUGAGAAACAUCAGCACUACAAAGCCAAGCUUCGGAGAGUCAAGGAUCGUUUAGUGCAUGAAGUAGGACUACGAGAUGAGAGAAUCAAACAACUUGAAAAUGAAAUUGGAACACUGCAGCAACAAGUGAAAAUGGAGAAGACAUUCCAGGACCAGAUCACUGCCCAAAAUAAUAUCCUGCUCCUAGAAAAUAGGAAACUUCUGGAGCAACUCACAGAGCAAGAAGAACUGAUCCACAGCAACAAAUGGAUAAUGUCUUCAGUCCAGAGCAGAGUACUUGUGCUGGAUAAAGAAAAUAAGCAAUUACAGGAAAACAGUCUCCGGCUCACACAGCAAGUUGGCCUCUUAGAGCGCAUUAUAAGGAGCGUCCAGAUUCGCAGAGGAGAGGAAACAACAAUUAGUGACAUCCCUGAAUUUGAAGCAUUGAACAAAAUCUUGCCCUUACCAAACUCCAGUUUUUCAGAAACAGGUUUGGUAGAGUCAGUUGGAAGUCUUCAGGAGACUGAAGAGCACGAGUCAGAAGAAGCCAUGGCAAACCCCAAGGCUCUCGAGCCUCUUUCAUGUUCACAGAAUUCCAAAGCUGGACCCAUAAACGUGGCUUCUCUGAAAGAGAGACGAUGUAUGCAAGAACAGGACCAAAAGUCAGAACUAUAAAAUCAGUGGUUUCUAAAACUAGACUGAUCAAAGCUGCUAGCUGACAGCUUGGAUGUGAAGGUGGAACGUGACAUGGAGAAGAGUCAUCACAGAUCCCCACUGGGCAUCAACCAGGAGUCUUCAAAACUGCUGAUAAAUUCAUUAAACCAGUUCUAAAAGUGGAUUUCUCAAGUUUGUUUGAUAUCCUCAAAUGCCUUGUAUUGAUCAAUGUCAUAACAAGUUCAAUGGCUUAAUUAGGUUCCUGCUCAGCAGAACACAUAUAUGGCUAAUUCAGCAUACUUUACCAUUAUUGUGAGUAGUUUCUUAUUUAUUUUUUAAAAGUAAAAUAAAACAAAUACUUUAAAAAGGAAAAACAACACUUCCUAUAAUCCCACAUUCUUAACACAACUAUUUUCAUUUUAGAGUUAUUUCCUUCCGGUUCUGAUUCAAAUGCAUGAAUUUUAAAUGGUUAUCAUACUACAUAUUCAUUUUCAUAGUCUGAUUUUUAAUUUAAUAUACCAUAAAACAUUUUCUCAUAUUUUAAUAGUCUUCAUAACUAUUGUUUCAUAGCCACCUGAUAUUCUAUCAUGUUGAUGUUGUAUAAAUUUUCUUGUUGACAUUUAACUUGUUUCUACUUUUUCACUAUUUAAGAUUAUGCUGUAGUGAAAGUCUUUGUGAAUGUAGCUCUUUUCUUCUCUUGAAUUAUCCUAGAAAACAAAUUCACAAGAUUGGGUCAAAGGAUAUAGAUGUUAUAUAGUUUUGGUAUGUCAUUUAUUGAAUUACUUUAAAAAAAAAAGUUGUGCAUACUGUUUCCAUAGUCAAGUUAUUCAACCUCUUUAGGCCUCAAUUUCUUGAUCCAGAAAAUGGGAACAAUAAUAGUUCCUAUCCCUUGGGGUCAUGAGGACCAAAUGAAAUGAAGCGUGUAUUUAGCACUUAGUAACUGCUUAAUAAAUGCUAGAUAUCAUCAUUUA